UGUACAAUGACAGGAUUGCGUACGUUUGUUAGGUUAAACUAAAUGUAAAUAGCGGGUGGUCCCCCGAAAAAAAAUGUGUCACCCUUUAAGAAUGGCCUCUUACAUAAAGACGUUUUAAGAAGAGCUUAUUGAAAUCCAUUCGGUCUUAUGUUUCUUCGCUAACCUGAAAGUUUUUGGUUGGGUAAAGAUGUCCGAGUUGUUGCACGCACUGGUGCGGGCAUCUGAAAAGGCUGCAAACAUCGCCCGGGCAUGCAGACAGGAAGAGAGCCUCUUCAGCCUGCUCAUCGAAGAGAAGAAGGAGGGUGAGAAGAAUAAGAAGUUUGUGACGGAUUUCAAAACACUCGCAGAUGUCCUUGUCCAAGAGGUUAUAAAGCAUGACGUUGGAAAACAGUUCCCAGGCCUUGGAAACAACAUCUUUGGAGAGGAAUCAAAUGAAUUCAUGAAUGGAUUAGGUGAGAAGAUUCAGGUGCAGGUGUGUGAGACAGAGCAAGAUACCUCCAGACUGCUCUCUAAGGUGCUGGGGGGCAACAUGGAGGCAGCAGAGGUGCUGGCACGAGCGGCGCACGCUGACAUUGUCAUCUCCAACCUGGGCACAGGUGACAUCGACAUUCCAGUGGACGACCUUGGAGUGUGGGUGGAUCCAAUAGAUUCCACGUUUCAGUAUAUCAAAGGCAUCGAUGACUCUGUGCCAAACAAUAACAUCUACAGCCAGGGACUGCAGUGUGUGACAGUUUUAAUUGGGGCGUACCAUCUGCAAACAGGGGUCCCUGUCAUGGGGGUCAUUAACCAGCCAUUUGCUGUUUUGGAUCCAAAGACUCAGAGAUGGACUGGACAGUACUACUGGGGGAUUUCAUCUGGCUCGUGUAAUGCAAAUUUCCUCCAGUCACCGGUAGAGUGUGCCACAGAGGAACCCGACAGCAAGCGUAUGACCUCCAGCCAGAAGGGGGCACUGUCCUCUGCAGUUCUUAGCACUGGGGAAGCAGAGAAUGUCAAGAGUGUUCUCCUGGAGGCCUGCAAAGGGCAGGUGCACUAUGCUGCAGGCGCUGGGUACAAAAGCCUGUGUGUGGUCCUUGGGUUGGUGGAUGUGUACGUGUUCUCCGAGGAUACAACAUUCAAAUGGGACUGCUGCUCCCCGCACGCCAUCCUGCGCUCCAUGGGUGGCGGCAUGGCUGACCUGAAAGAGUGUUUGAGGCUGAGGCAUGAUGGGAAACUGGAGGAACGGCCAGAGCUGGUGUAUAACAACCCAGUGACAAAUGCCACCGGAGCUGACAAGUGGGCAAAUAAAGGCGGGCUAAUUGCAUACAGGUCACAAGCACACCUUGAUGCAGUCCUGAAGCUGCUCUCCACCAUCCCAGUAUAGAAACUAAUAGCCCUUUUCUGCUGCUGAUCUUGAACCAGACUAGCAUGAGUUGGAUCUAAAAGUCACUGACCUGGUACACCCUCUAAUUGCUUUCCCACUUCACUAUACUCACCACACGACAUCAAACCCAUUGAGCGGAUCAUGGUGGGUGGUGUAGUAGACCCACCAUUUCCUCUGAAACAGAAGAAGGAAGUCAUAUCAAGGUAGAAAUAAUGGCAGAGCUUAAACCGAUUUUAAUCCUGAGUUAAUGUUUUUCUUAGGUUUGAAAGUGAAAGUAUUCAAAGUAUUAUAACUGUAAGCAACUCUGGCAACUUCAAAUGUCCGUCUCUUGAGUUGUUAACAUCAAUGGAAGCAACACAGUGAAACAGUUUGCAGAAUCCAGGUCAGCAUGAUAAAGAUAGUAGAAACCACCAGGAACCUAAAUUAAGCAAGACAGUCUGGUGCCAUCAAAACAGUGGAAAUGGAGGAAAAGAAGUCAACCCAGGUCUAGGUCUACAGAGGGAAAGGUGUAUGCUAGGGGAAUUGGAAUAUGUUGUGUUUGUUGUUUUUGUUCAUGCAGUGUAUUGUGCAGCCUUUCUUUGUCACUGUUUAUCAGAAAAUAGUUUUAUAUUGUGCACUUUCAUCCUUUUUCAAUGCACACAAACCCAAACC